GUUCCUAUCGAUAUCCCACGCACGAUAACACACGCCCUCGCCUAUCGCCACCCCUGCCGAAGCGUGCGUCUUCUCAAACGCAGACAGAAUAAAUAACACUCGCCAAAGGCCAGCAUUUAAUUGAUAAACACUGUCUGGGUGUGCAAUACAGCAGGGAAUCGAACCCUUCAAGAUGUCCUCGCGUUCCUCCGAAGAGCGAAACUAUUUACAUCGCAAGUUCGACAGCAGUAGCUACAAGAACAAACGGUCCGCUUCAUCCUCGUCAGCCAGGACAACUUCCUCGGGACACAAGGACCGCAGGUCGGACUUUGAUUACUAUGGCAGCCGUCAGCGCCACCAGCGCUCCCGUUCGCGUUCCGGCUCCCAGUCGCCGGCUCAUCAGUCCCGACGACGCUCCUCCCGCGAUCGCGAUCGCCAGAGGAUGCACAAGGCUCGCGAACAUCCCCAGGCCAGUCGUUGCAUCGGAGUCUUCGGCCUGAACACCAACACCUCGCAGCACAAGGUUCGCGAGCUCUUCAACAAGUACGGACCCAUCGAGCGCAUCCAAAUGGUCAUCGAUGCACAUACACAUCGUUCGCGGGGCUUUUGCUUCAUUUACUUUGAGAAUCUCGAGGACGCCCGUGUGGCCAAGGACGCUUGUUCCGGCAUGGAGGUCGAUGAUCGUCGCAUUCGCGUCGACUACUCUAUAACCCAACGGGCUCAUACUCCUACUCCGGGUGUCUACAUGGGUCGUCCGUCGCGCAACGGAACCUCGGGACGCUCCCGUUCGCCACGAGGAGGAGGACGACGUCGCGAACGCGAGCGUUCCGUUUCGCCCACCGACCGCAAUAGGAGUAACUACCGCAACGAUCGCUACGAACGUAGCUACCGCAGGAGUUCCAGUCGCCAUCGCUACACCCGCAACAAAAGCUACAGCCGCUCACGUUCUCCUCAAACUCGUCGCAUUUCAUCGCGCUAUUAGUGCGCAGUGGAGCUAACGAGGCCCACUUCCUUAACUCGUGCUUCUAAUCGGCCAACUGGAUUGUGUCAAACGGCCUGCGGAGGAGCAUACGACUGAAAUAUUGUGUUUUUGGUGAAACCAUCCCAUCUAUGGCAUUUGGUUGGCGAACAGCUCGCACCUAGACUAAUUUCGAAAUCCAUUAUUCACCCCAAAAACCGCUUCUAAUCAUAAAUAUUCGUUAACCAUUAUUGAUGCUGUACAAAAACGUAGUUUGUAAAUAUCAAAUCCAAUACCAACAUUACAUACAGAGGUCCGCAUAGAUUGUGAUAUGUAUUUUAAAGGAACCGCAGCAAACUGAUAAUGAUAACAAAACUAAACUAAUUUUAACUAUAAAUGUAA